AUGGCGCAGACUCAGUUCGCAGUGGUAGACGUCUUCUCAAAGACACCCUACAAGGGUAAUCCUCUAGCAGUCGUCAACGACUUGAAGGGAGAGCUCAGCGAUACUGAGAUGAAGUUGAUCACGCGCCAGUUCAACCUCUCGGAAACCACCUUUUUUCUCCACCCAUCUCUCCCAGGAGCCCACUACAAGCUACGUUCGUUUCUGCCAGACGGGAGAGAAGUCUUUGGAGUUGGCCAUAAUAUCUUGGGAGCUUGGUGGUAUCUGGCACAUGCUGGACUGUUGGACUUUUCGAUCAAGUCUGGGAUCAGCAAGGGAGAUGGUAUUGAGGAGUUUACCUUCUAUCAAGAGCUGGGAGGAUCUGUGACGCCGGUUAAGAUUCUCAAGAGUCAGGUUUCUUCAGUUGAGCCGGCUGAGUUCUCUGUUUCCAUUACGCAGGCGACGCCUAAGGCUCAUGGACGACACCCGAAUGUGCCUGAGCUUGCCGCAACUAUCGGCUUGGGGCCUGAAGAUAUUGGACUGGCCCCCGGGACUGGUGUAUCCAGAAAACAUGAUGUCAUCCCGCGGGUGAUGUCUACAUCGACUACUCAUCAUCUCCUCGUCCCUGUUGCGUCCAUCGCAGCGCUUGAGCGGGCGUCAGUGCAGCGGGACAAACUCCUCGAGCAACUUCAACUCGCGCAUGAGAGUGCUUAUGGGCUCUAUCUAUUUGCAAAGGAUGACCGUGAGGGUGCACCUGCCAAUACUUAUCAAGCUAGAUUCUUCAGCCCCGGCAUGUCAACUGAGGAUCCAGCCACUGGAAGUGCUGCGGGACCUUUGUCCGAGUUUUUGCGUGACGAGGGUCUUCUUGAGUUGGUUGAUAACAAGACGAGCAUUGAGGUCUGGCAGGGCCUUCAAGUUGGGAGGGAGUGCCUCAUCAAGGUGAAUCUGGCUGUUGAUGGGAAUACGCCGGUUGUGGAUGUUUCUGGUAGUGGUGUACUGUUCUCGGAGGGCAGAUUAGCUAGUCAGGGAAGCCAGGCUUGA